GCAUGCGCGCACCUUUGCCCGUCUCGACUCGGCGGUGCUCUGAGCCUCUGCGCUCUGACUCAGUUGUUAAAGCUCAGGCUCAUAAGAAUGUCGUCGAGUCGCUCAGGGAACGACCACCACAACCCCAUAUUCGCCUCAGGAGGGGCAAAACGGCCCCGGGUAGAGUCGGGCAACAAAGUGACCGUGGUGCUCGGAGCGCAAUGGGGAGACGAAGGCAAGGGCAAAGUGGUGGACCUGCUGGCCACGGAGUCGGACAUCGUGUGCAGGUGUCAGGGAGGAAAUAAUGCAGGCCAUACAGUAGUGGUGGAAGGGACAGAAUAUGACUUUCAUCUACUUCCCAGUGGCAUCAUCAACACCAAAUGUGUAUCACUCAUUGGUAACGGUGUAGUCGUUCAUCUUCCAGGCCUUUUUGAAGAGAUUGACAAAAACGAGAAGAAAGGCUUAAAAGGAUGGGAGAAACGACUCGUCAUCUCUGAUAGAGCUCACAUAGUUUUUGAUUUCCAUCAAGCUGUGGAUGGAAUGCAGGAAGUGCAACGACAAGCUCAGGAAGGAAAGAACAUAGGAACAACCAAGAAAGGCAUUGGACCAACGUACUCAUGCAAGGCGUCCCGAACUGGACUUCGCAUAUGUGACCUGCUAGCGGAUUUUAAAGAGUUUUCUACCAAAUUCAAAAACCUGGCACAGCAGUACCAGUCCAUGUAUCCAGCUCUUAAAGUGGAUGUUGAAGGCGAACUUAAGAAACUAAAGGACUAUGCAGAGAGAAUAAGGCCCAUGGUGAGGGACGGAAUAUAUUUUAUGUAUGAUGCCAUUCACGGACCCCAGAAGAAGAUUCUUGUGGAGGGAGCAAACGCUGCCCUGCUGGACAUUGACUUUGGAACCUAUCCGUUCGUGACAUCGUCCAACUGCACCGUUGGUGGUGUUUGCACUGGCCUUGGCAUUCCUCCAGCGAAUAUUGGAGAUGUGUAUGGUGUAUCGAAAGCCUACACCACUAGAGUGGGCAUUGGGGCUUUUCCAACAGAACAACUCAAUUCUGUAGGAGAGCUGUUACAGACACGAGGUCAUGAAGUUGGUGUUACAACAGGCAGAAAGAGACGCUGUGGGUGGCUGGACCUGGUCAUCCUUAGAUAUGCUCACAUGAUCAACGGCUUCACCGCAAUAGCUUUAACUAAACUGGAUAUUCUGGAUGUGCUUGAUGAGAUCAAAGUGGGUAUCGCCUACAAACUCAAUGGCAAAAGAAUACCCCAUUUCCCAGCUAAUAUGGAGGUACUGCAUAAGGUUGAGGUGGAGUAUGAGACCUUGCCUGGCUGGAAGACAGAUACUUCAGCAGCCAGGAAGUGGAAUGAUCUUCCACCAAAAGCCCAGAACUACAUCCGGUUUGUGGAGAAUCACAUAGGUGUACCGAUCAAGUGGGUCGGUGUAGGCAAGUCCAGGGAAUGUAUGAUCCAGAUGUUCUAGAGUGUCUGUCCUCCAAAGACAUCUGGAGUCGAUCAACAACAUGCGAUCCUCUCAGGAAACCCAUUAAAACAAAGUGACCGUGACAGCAAAUGGAGUAGUAUUCAAAAGAUUUACUGUGGCGUUUUGCCUCAACAGCUGAAAAUGAAACCUAAUAAAGGCUAAUCAGAGUUAAUAAAUUAAUAAACAAGACCUCUUGUCUCUUGAUAACAGAUUACAUCCAGGCAGAUGUUUUUUUGACUUACAUUGCACAAUUUCUUCUUUUUGGAUAAACAUAUUUACAGAUGCAUUACCAUGUGAGUGUGUGUUUGACUGAGUAUCUAAAAUCCCCAGAGUUGAUUAAACAUUUUCAGAGUUUACUGGACCUACACCGAUCAGCCAUAACAAUAAAAUCACCUGCCUAAUAUCAUGUAAAAGCUUGCAUCAUAAAAACAACUGUAAAUUAUUGAGGCAUGGACUCGAAAUGCCCUCACAUACCUCAACAAGGUAUUAACAGCAGAUCAUUUAAGUCCUGUAAUUUGCAAGGUGGAUCAAACUUGUUAGUCCAGCACAUCCUCGAUGCUUGAUCAGAUUGAGAUCUGAGGGAUCUUCAAGGCCAAGCCACAACAUUGCCCUUGUAAAAGUCUCACAGAUCCUUAUGAUUGGUCACUUUUUCCUGCUUCUAGCACAUCAACUUUGUUUACUUACUGCCUAAUAGAUCCCAUCCCUUGACAGGUGUCAAUCAAGAAAAUCAAUGUUAUUCACUUUACCUGCACUUUGGCUGAUCAGUGUAUAAACACUGUACGGCAUUAUUUAACAGUCUGGGUGUUGAUUUAACACUGGGAAUUUUGCUGUGCUAUGAUUAAUGAAGCUCUGCAUUGUUCUUUUGUAGCAGCACACACUAGUUUUAACCUACAAUGUAUAUUAUUGUGAACAUUAUGACUAUACUGUGCAGUUGCUCUAUUAACAUCCUCAGGAAUAUCUUUAUUUAUUGUUGCAUGAAAUAGUUUUGUCGCGUAAACAUGAUUAGAAUGCUGUUUUUUUCCUGUUUUUCUCUUUCUGAUACUGCGAUCUUGAAUAAAGGCUUCACAGUU